GCUCCCUCUACCACCACUCCCAGCUCCCCACCGAAACUCUAGGGUUUCCCAACCACCCCCGCAACCGCAAACCCCCACCCAGGCACGACUCGAUCCGAAAACCACCCCACCACCCCCGGCGAUGUCGACGGCGGCGGCGCAGGGCGGCGAGAAGCCGGCGCUCAGGAAGCCGGUGUUCGUCAAGGUGGACCAGCUCAAGCCGGGCACCAACGGCCACACCCUCAUCGUCAAGGUCGUCAGCGCCAACCCCGUCCCUGGCCGCGUGCGCACUGGUGCGCCCGCCUCCUCCUCCGCCCGCGCCCCCCGCAUCGCGGAGUGCCUCGUGGGCGACGAGACUGGCUCCAUCAUCUUUACUGCCCGCAACGACCAAGUUGACCUGUUGAAGGCUGGUGCCACAGCCAUAUUGCGCAACGCUAAAAUUGACAUGUUCAAAGCUUCGAUGAGGCUUGCGGUGGACAAGUGGGGGCGGGUAGAAGCUACAGAACCUGCCAGCUUUACUGUGAAUGAAGAGAACAACUUGUCGCAAGUAGAGUACGAGCUGGUUAACGUGGCUGAGUAAUUGUUGAAGUUUUCCUGCCCUUUUCCCGCCAUAAAAACGAAGCACUAUGAAUGAAUAUUAUCAAGCCUUUGGUAAGCUUGUUUAUUUCUUAUGGUGGUAGUAGAUAAGAUCAAGAUUGUAUCACUUGAGCUAGAAUGUUCGAUGGAUCAAACUGAGCUUUCCAUGCAUCUUACUGGAUUGUGAUUCCUCUUGGCACUGCUUGUAUUGCUGUUGUAAUGGAACAAGCUCAGCGUGGCGCCAUGUUGUGCUGAGCUUUAGAGAUCAAAUGGAAUGAACUGCCAUUACAUAUUGUGUUGAA